GUUCAUUUUCGUCUGCAGUGGAAUAGUAUGCGCUAAAGUCUUUCCACUCCCCUGGAAGUAUGGUCUCUGAAAAAGCAGGUUGUCCAUUCAGGCUGUGUCCAUCUGCCAGAAUUCUGCAGCUGGCCCGGCAUAAAGACUCCAAAACCAAUUGGUACACCACACCUUGCAAGCUAACAUGGGGAAAUCAGGAUUCAAUAUGGCCGCUGUCACACGCUGCAUUACGAGCCUCGCCUACAGAGAGGACUCUGUGCCUGGCGAAACACAAGAGACCCUUCUCUGUUUGGGAUGAACAGCCAAGCCAGGAAGGCGAGGAGCGGCUCUGCUUGGGUUCGUGUCCCACCUCCGGGCUGAUCCGGUACGAGACCCUCGUCCGGCUGUCCACGCCCAAACACAGGUCCCGAAGUCCCCAGGACGUCAGAUCUCUGUAUCAAACGUCCUCAUGUUUUUGUGUUUUUUUUUGUUGUUUUUUUUAAACAAGAAAACAUGCUGCACAGGGAGAUAAGGUGGGAAGCUUUUGAUGUGAAGUACAACUGCAGCUAGGGAUUUGACCCCUUCUGAACCGCUGUAUCUCCAUGUAUACCAGUUGCAGACUCAGGUGUGCAUGUGUGCUGCAAUAGAUAACACAAUCAAGAUAAAGGAUAUGUGGAAUAAAGAACAUGUAAUGAGGAGAACAGAUCAUUCAGCCCACCUAGGAUCGCAUACUAUACCUCCAGACUGGAGAGAGCAUCCAGCAUUGUGCCAAGCCUGGUCACACCCUGGGGGCCUCUGCCUCUUCUGCAUCCAUCCAAGAUAACGGCUCUCAUCAUGUUUAAUAGGAAGUAGAUGUAGGCAUUUACUUUGGCAUGCGUGAUAACCCACUUGCCCUUUAAGCCGUGUUAACACUCUUCACUUAAUUCCAGUUUGAUUUCUGACUCUUUUAUCCAGUAGAGAACAGUAUAUGCUUUCCAACGGUGUAUGGCAUAAUUGGAAGUUUAUUUUUGUGAUUCACAGCUCCACGUAACGAGCAAGAAUGAUUACUUUCAACAGACCUUUG